AUGGGGCGUUUCAGCGACACUAGGGUUUCUGCUUCCACCCUGGAGAACAGCGCAGAAGCCGACAAGCAAACCCUAAAUGCUUUGCUGCGAAUGGAGGUAUCGGCUUUACGGGAAUGGGGCCAGAAACUGCGGGCCGGGGAUUUCGAGGGUUUUUCGAAGGAAAUGGAGAACCCUCUCGACACCGCCGCUAAGACAAAACAGUACUGCGAAAUGUCUGCAAAAUAUGAAGCAGAGAAAGGAGAGUCGCAGCUGACUCGCCCGCCAACUCGGAGGCAGAAAUCCUUUGAAAUGGAAACAGACGAAGGGACUCUUGCUGAAGCUCUUAUUCGUCUUGAGAAACUGGCGUGGACUUGCGAAUACCUAGGGAACGAGAAGUUGGUAGCAAUUGAGAGUUACAAAAGAGCAAAGGCGAAAGAAGUCCUUGCCCGCAGCGAGGUGGAGAUUUUCAAGAAAUAUCUAGAAGAGCUGACAGAAGAAAGAGACCAUUAUUACGAAGUUGCAAUUGAGCCUGAAGAGUCGAUCGCCGAGCAGCCCAGCGAGCCUGCCCCGUCACUCCUGCCGAGCGAGGAAGUCAUCAGGGCAGAAUUCGAAAAGGCAGCUGUAUGA